GGGUUUAGGGUUUUAAUGAAAUAAAAAAAUGAUCAAUGCAUGCUCCUCGCAAGAAUUAGACUCCAGUGAAGGGCCAUAUCCCCCCACUCCGUUGAGGGCCGACAGCUAUGUCUCUCCGGCAAGCAGCACUUGCUUUGCUCAGAAGACUCCGUCCUCCUCCUCAAACACUCACUGCCACUUUUUGCGGUAGAACAACCAAUGCACUGAUCGAAACUGGUAAAAUGGAGCUUUCCUAUCAAUAUGGUCUUGGACAUACUUGGAAGAGGCAACAUAGGGAGUUUUAUCUGUGGAUUUUUUUAUCUGGACAAGCUGUAAUUCUUGGCAUAAAUUCCAGCAUUGUCAUGGCAGAAGACGUUUCAACAGAACUAAGUUCUGAAAACAGCAUACAAGGGGAUAAUUUAACUGGCUUGCGCAAAAUUGAGGAUGGGUCUGUGAUAUCAAAUAUACAUACAUCCAAGUGGAGAGUUUUUACUGAUAAUGGGAGGGAUUUAUUUUUGCAGGGAAAACUGGAGGAAGCUGAAAAACUCUUUCUGUCUGCAUUACAAGAAGCAAAAGAAGGAUUUGGUGGAAGGGAUCCACAUGUUGCCGCAGCGUACAACAAUUUGGCAGAGCUGUAUAGAGUUAAAAAGGCAUUUGAUAAAGCAGAACCCUUGUAUUUGGAGGCUGUGAAAAUACUUGAAGAGUCAUUUGGACCAGAAGAUAUACGGGUAGGGGCUGCCCUUCACAACCUAGGUCAAUUCUAUCUUGUCCAGCGAAAAUUGGAAGAAGCUCGUAUGUGCUAUGAGCGUGCUUUAAAGAUAAAGAGGUGUGUUUUGGGACAUGGACACAGAGACUAUGCGGACACAAUGUAUCAUCUUGGAACAGUGCUUUAUCUCCAAGGAAAAGAGAAGGAUUCUGAGACACUUAUUCAGGAUUCCAUUAAGAUACUCGAGGAUGGUGGGCUAGGGGAAUCAAUCAUAUGCCUCAGGAGACUGCGGUAUCUUGCACAGAUAUAUUUAAAGUCCAAUCAACUUGCAGAGGCUGAAAAUGUACACAGAAAGAUUCUGCAUAUUAUGGAAUUGUCAAAGGGAUGGGAUUCUUUGGACACUGUAAUUGCAGCUGAAACCCUUGGCUUGACCCUUCAAUCACUAGGGAACUUAGGGGAUGCGAAAGAUCUUUUGGAAAGAUGUCUCGAGGCCCGAAAAACCAUACUUCUUGAAGAUCAUAUUCAGGUUGCUGCAAACAUGCUCUACAUAGCUAGGGUGGAAAUGUUAAAUUCCAACCGACUAAGGAAGAUCAAUACUUCUGAAGCAAUUGCUGAGCUUGGUAAAGCGAAAGAUCAUUUAGGCCAAUCCAUCAGGAUAGCUCAGCGGGUUUUGGAUAAAUCAGAGAAACAAGGAGACAAGCAGCAAUAUUAUGGAGCAUCUAGAGAAACUAGAAAGGAUGAGAAUACAGCAUUGAUGAUACUGUUGCAAUCACUCAAUGCUCUUGGGCUAUUGGAGAUCACAAAGCAGGAAUUACUGGAAUCAAGGGGUGAGCAUUCACCUACUGUAGAGGCUGAGAGUGCUCUUCACCAGUGCAUUUCUGCUUUUAAGGAGUUUGGAAUUGGGCAGUCGAUGCAUAGUUCUCCUGAUUUAAAAGUAGAGUACCUCUCGUGUUUGAAGCGACUUGCAAGUCUGAUUAGAGAUAGCACAACUGAAAGCACACAGCAAUCAAGAAGAGCCACUUUGCAAGAGUUGAAAGAUGAAAUCAAGCAUGUUGAAGCUGAACUUUCACUGAGAGGAAGGCGUAAAAAUUAACGUGGCUGCUUAUUUUGGUUGUACUUGCAGUUCAACCAGGCAUGUGAAUUUGUUCCUCUGAAGCAGAGGUAGAGAUCUGAAAUUACUUGCUUUUAUGAUAUAUAUGAAUGAAGAUUACACAACUGAGAUCUGAAAUGACUUCUUGAAAGUAGAUAGUAAGGGAAAUUCUAUUUGUUCUUUUUUUUCCUUUA